UUCGUGGCAGCAGUGAGGCGUUCAGGGCCGUGGUCGUACAUCGGAUAAAACAGCAGAAAGCGUGGACGCUGGUGAAAGCGUCAGAAUGAACGGGACCUCGUAUUCCAACUUCGACAACCAGGAACACGUCCUGAAACUGGGGGAGACGUUCGAGAAGCACCCGAAGAGCGGCUUUCACACGGUGCGCUAUGAUUUCAAACCAGCCUCCAUUGACACAGCAUGUGAAGGGGAACUUGAAGUGGGCAAAGGAGAGCAAGUCACUAUUACUUUACCCAAUUUAGAGGGUUCAAGUGCUCCAGUAACAGUCUUCAAGGGCUCCAAGAGGCCGUACAUGAAGGAGUGCAUCCUGAUCGUGAACCAUGACACAGGAGAAUACAGACUGGAGAAACUCAACAGCAACUUAGCUGUGAAGAAAACCAGGGCUGAGGGCAGUAGCAAGAUCCAUUCUCGCCUGGAGCAACAGACCAGCCGUCUGGGCCAGCAGAUGAAGGGCAACAACAACAAGGACAACAGCAGUAACAAAACCUCAGCCAGCUCCAAGAGUUCUCCUCCUAAAGAGAAGACGUCCCCAGCGUCCCCCAUGGACGACAUUGAGAGAGAACUGAUGGCAGAGGCACAGGUCAUGGACCAGCUGAGCAGCGGCGACAGCUCCUCAGACUCCAACUCAUCUUCCAGCGACGGCAGCUCCAGCAGCAGUGACUCCGAAGACGAACGGACUUCCUCAGCGCCCCCAGCGCCGGCCAACCACAGCAUGCCGAUCAUCAACACCAGCAGUCGCCCCCAGGAGAGUGGAGGACUCAUGAGCACACUCAAGAAUGACCUCCAGCUGAGUGAGUCAGGUAGUGAGAGUGAUUGAACGCCGUGAACACGUCUGCCGACCUGUGGACAUCAAGAGGAUUUUCAGUGACUAGUAAAGGAACCAGGCUGGGACCUGUUUCUGUCAUUGAUUCUUUGAGCGUCUGUGAGCCCGCCUUAGCUACUCAUCCACAACUCUGUUGGCAAACACUGUGUAAUUUGUUGCUUCUCUGCCAACAAACUUCAAGUUUUACGUCUUAUUUCUUGCUUCGUUAUCUGUUAGUUUUGUAUGCAGCUGUAUGUCAGAGAUGCCUUAGUUCAGAGUGAUUUGAUGUGGUUUGUGCAAGAGAAGCAGUAGUAGACUAUGCAUAUUGUUUAAUCUCAUUGGAUGAAGGUGUGUGUUUAAAGCAUAUCAGAGACAGAAAAUAUUCAUGUUGUGUAGAUGGUGUUUCUGACCAUUAAUCAGUUGCCUUAAACCACCACUAGAGCUUCUGUAUCUCCGCUUAUUCAUAUUUGGAACUGUUUUUGUGCCUGGGACAGAUAUUAAGCUUGAGCUUAAUUUGAAGAAUCUCCGGUGUAUUAGUUUUGGAUUUUCUUUUUGGAUGAGCCACACUGAUAUGACACAGACGUAUCUUUAGCUGUUGCCUUAUAGAGUUAUUAUAGUUAGCUUUUGAGCCUUUUGCUUUGAAUUACCGAAACCCAGCUGCAAAACAACAAUCUUUUCAUCUAAUACGUCCACUAGAAAGACACUGAGAACUCAUUCUUUCACCAAGGUUAAUGCCCUAUCUUGCAUGUAAGAUAAUGGAAGGGCCACCAAAAUGUAAUGGGAUCUUCCUUUGGUCAUACCCAACCCCUCCACAAAAUUUCAAGGAAAUCAGGUCUGAGUAUUUGAAUAAUUCUGCUGACAGUCAAUCAAAUGGCAAACAAAUGUUAUGUUUUCACCAAUGUUGGAUCCUUUGUUUAUUUUUCAACAGGAUUAGACAAAAACUGCUGAAUUGAUUUCCACACAUCUUGUUGGAAGGAUGGUAAAUGGCCAAGAAAGAACCCAUUACCCAUUGGCACGAGUCUGUAUACUUGCUAUAACUUUUUGAGAUAGAUUUCCCAGGGAACCAGUCAUGGAUCUUGAUGAAAAAGAAAGGGCGAGCUCGUGGAUCAAAUGUGCUUGCAUACAGGAGAAGGGCCCUUGGUGGAGAUAUGCACUCUAAAACAUAACGUUGAUUUAUUGUCCCCUUAUUGCAUAGAAAUAUUCACUCUCAGUCCCCGCUCAACUCUGUUUUGGUCAACCCCAAAAACAUUUAUCUGAUCGAUCAGCUGCUCUUUGAAUCCUGGAGACAAGCUUGAUAAGAGCGGAGAUUGUUGCUCAGAAAACCAAAACAAUGUGGUGAACGUUGGUUGAAUGCUCUGCUGAGCUUAAGCUGAAAGGCUGAUAAUUAUGUGUAGCUUCAUAAACCCAGGAGAACUUCCUUGCAUUCUAUUUGUCAAUUAAUUCAAUAUUUAUAUACAAGUUUGGAUCACUGCAGCUUUAAGGAUUAAGACGUCUUGAAAUGUAGUGCACUAGUGCUCAGUUGACUCAGCCAGGGUCCUGCUUUGUAGCUUUAAACCUGCAAUACUUGAAUCUAACUAUUUAUAUUUCAAAUUAUACUCGACCAAUGGUGAAUUGCUUAACAUAUUUUAUAUAUAUAUUAAUAGCCAAGCAAUUGGAAUUGCAAGUUGGUGUGAACUAUACUGACAAACAACCGAAAUGCUUUGUUACAGCACCGCGAUUUGAGUCUUAAGAGAACUUCAUGUGCCUUUUUGUUUUGCCUUUUUCCAAUUUCAACUUGUAACGCCUUGUUUUGCCCCAUGAGCCGUCUCAGCAAACAGGAUGCUGCUGUUUAUGUUGCAGCAUAUCGCUGGCUCAGAUUGAAUUGACAACGUCUUUUGAGUCUGUGGAGUCAAUAAUACAGCGGGCUUAGCCUUAAGGAGAGGAGGGGGUCACCUCUGAGCAUCAUUUGUAAACAAUGAGUAAUUUCUUUGUAGAAGAAUAAAGAUUUUAAUUGUU